CUCUAAUGCUCGGAUACUAAUCUAGGUAGAGUAAAGGCGGAGAGUGGCGCUUUGGUACAGUCCGGUUUUUGAUGGAAAUAUGGCGGAUGUCGAGUUAACGAAAGCACUGAAGGAUCUGCCGAAUCGUGUACAAACCGCUAGCAAACGGGAACGACGCGAGAUACUGCAAAAUGUCGUCGACGUGUUGUCAAAUCCUGGCAUUAACGAAAAAAUCGUUAAUGGAAUUUGCAAGACCGUAUCUCUUACUCUACAUCGAUAUAAGGACACGGCCUCCCAAUCUUACGUGAAGAAUUUGAUAGAAGAGCUACUGAAAACACAACCAGAAGCUACUAUAAAACAUAUGACAAAUGUGAUUGUGGAGCAUGCAACGUGGCAUAAAAAUGUGGUUCCUACACGAAACACGGCCCUUACCGCUUAUCUCGCUCUAAAAUGGUCUACGCUUAUUGUUUUACAUGGAUACAAAAUCAAAACAAGCGUAAUAACCGUGGAAUUACCGAAACUGAUCGAGGCCCAGGCAAAUUUAAGUGCUGCUGCUUUGGCCUCGAUGGAUAAGAAGCUAACGGAGAAAGUGCAGGAUCUUCUGACUAACCAAUGGUCCCAUAUUGCCGACAUCGAGGUGAUAUACUUGGAAACGUUAACCAAGUUCGAAGUAGGCAACGGUGUUAUCGUCUUGGCGAGUUUGCUCACUAAAUAUCUUGUCAACGCAAAGAAGAGCGAAUUGAUCAUUAGAUUAAAGGCGAACAUCAUAGACAUCUUCAUAAAGCUAACGAUCAGCUGUAAGAAGAAACCGGAUCUCUACGUGGUCCAUAACGCAGUGCCCCUCCUUCGUAGAAUAUCGCACGAGGAGUUCAAGAAUCAACUGUUACCGGCGAUACAGAAAGCCAUGCUGAGGAAUCCGGAGAUCAUUAUCGAGUCGGUCGGAUGUAUUUUAGCCGGUCUGAGCUUAGAUUUGAGCCAGUACAGUCAGGAAAUCAGUAAGGGAUUGUUCGCGAAUCUUCACUCGAAAGAGGACUUGGUACGCGACGAGGCCGUGGGAGCCUGUCGCAGGCUGGCUCUCCAAUGCUCGGACACUACGGCCCUCGAGAACCUGCUGUCAUCCGUGUUCGCCGUGUUCCACGGUUCCGAGGGAAAGCUGACAGUCGCUACUCAUAAAAUUUCUGUACUCCAAGGCGCUGGUAAUCUAAGUUACAACGCUGCCUCGGGCAGCAGCGUGGAGAGGCUAGCGGAGACUGCUUGCGAGCAUUUCAUCAAAGUACUCGAGACGGAGGUUCACGAGAAGACCUUGAUCCACGCUUUAGAAAUGAUGGCGCUCUGGUCUAACAAGUUUGUGAACAACGUACCGAAAACCGUGAUCGACGCAUUUAAAAAAGGAAUGUCCGCUAAAACUUCAACUGCCCUGGUUCGCACCGCUUAUAUUCGACUGUUCUUCUCCGCUCCAGUUAUCUCGUAUUCCGACACAAUAACUCCGUUACUAAUACAAUCGAUUAAUAGAGCUACGCAGCAAUCGGCACAACCGGCUGCUGUUACAGAGGGUCUGGUUGCUUCCUAUUUAUUACUGAAGUUCGUGCUUGCGAACCAAGUGGAGAACGACAAGCAGACGAUUCUGUGGAACGCGAUCGACGAGCAGAUAUUUUUCACGGACAAAUUUUUAUCAGCUUGCAGCGACGAUAUACUUUACCACCUGAUGCUGCUGUGCGAAAGAUUGAUCACCGAGUUUGGCGACAGAUUGAACGAGAAAGCAUUGAACGGCGUUCACAGAGCGAUUGUGACGUGCGCGACGGCCGCAAAUUAUAAUACUAGGAAACGUUGCUUCCCUUUAAUCAAGAAGGUUUUAACUGGCCUGAGCGCCUACGGACCUGCGCAAGAACUGCUGACGGAGUUCACAAAAUUCUUAGAUCACGUGAAGAUUAAAUGUGAGACCGAUAAUAAAGAGAACAAGGAGGACCCAUUGAACUUUGAGACGACCGGAAGAUGUUUAGCCGACGGGCUACUCGCCAUUUGUUCCGGAUCGUUUUUGUUCGAAAUACCUGCUAUGCAAAUGACCCGAGACGCUUUGAUACCAUCUCAUCAUCCAGCGAUUCUCAAAGCGAUGCCCAAUGUAUGGUUCAAGAUAACUAAGAACUUCAACUUUCAACCAAAGAACUUUUUACGCACGUUCAAUCACGAAAUAAAGAAACUAUUGGUGCAGAACUUCGAUCCCGUACCGAGUUACGAGAAUGCACUGGCCAGGGUAGUGUCCAUUAUACCUGACGUUAUAUUGCCAUCCGUAGUUUCGAGCAUAACGAGUAAAUUGGACGAUCCGGAGAUCCUGAAAGUGACCAAGGACGAGUACUUCACCUACUUAACUCCGGAAGGGGAAUUGUACGAUAAAAGCGUGCUACCGACCGUCGACGAGAACGAUAUUUUAAAUUCUAUGAACAUGAAACGCGAGAGCAAGGUAUACUCUUUUAAAGAACAGCAAGAAGAGUUACAAUUGAGACGAGAAUUAUACGAGAAAAAGAAGAAAGAGGGAAAGAUAAAAGAGCCGAAGCUGACGCCGAAACAAGAAGAAAUUCUAAAAACACAAAUAGCGAAAGAGAGUGCGAUUCGUAAAAGAUUGAUAGAGUUGAAACGUAGAAUAGAUAACGCUGUGUCUAUGGCGAUAUCUUCGAUUAACGGCAGUGGCCAAGAACUUUCGUUCUAUCUGAAAGAUCUUCUACCGUCCAUUCUGAAAAAUCUUGGAUCUCCAUUAGCCGCUCCGGCUAUGUGCGACCUCUUCAUCCGUUUGAAAGGUAUCGUGCAGAUUGAAGAUCCAGUACUAAGCGAUUUGGUGGCUCACGUUACUUUGAGACAGUUGCAGCCGCAAUGUGAUCUGGACCAGGCUUGGGAGGACGAGAACCUGGACUCGGCAGUGAAAAGGAUUUUAAAUUUACUCCACACCAUCACGAUCAAGCAGAAGAAACUUUUCACCGCGCCUACGUUCUGUUACAUUUUUCCUUUUGUCAAGAAGACUCUGUUAACUUACAAGGACGAUAACAUGAUUGUCCAAGGACUUCAGAUAAUUCAAGAGCACGCCAAACAGAGAGGCAAUUCGGACUUUAAGAACUCCAGACAUCCUCAACUGCUUCCUCGCAAACACAUGUUCGACCUUCUGAUAGAGCUGAUGGAAAUAACUAGUGGGAGGGUGCAGACGCACGCAGUGGCUACUCUGUUGGACGUGGCCCAGUCUGGAAGUGGACAGCGCGGCGCGGCGAUAGCUACGAACGAAGACGUGGACUCGCUGAUCGGGGCAUUACAAAACUCAUUGCCAACUAUAAGAGACGCCGCAUUGAGAGCAUUGACGGUAGUUAAACAGACAUUCCCCUCCCAGAAAGAGGACCUAGAACGGGCGUCGCAGCUUGUUAGAAGGAUAUGGAUCGCGAAAUUUGAUGUUUGCGAUGAGAACAAAAUACUAGCGAGCGAGUUAUGGAACGCAGCGGAUUUAACAAUGAACGCCGAGACUUUAGCUUACGAAUUAAUUCAAGAUAUCGCCCAUCCGGUGGAACCUGUUCAGCAGGCCGCCGCUUGUGCCUUGGCCGAAUGUUUAAUAACCGUUCUUCACUUGGUCCCGUUAAUUUUGGAUAAUCUAUUGCAAUUAUAUCAGGAUAAACUAGCCAUGAUACCGCCCAAGUUGAACGAUUUCGGUCGAGUCGUCGAACAGCCUAUCGACACAUGGGGUCCUCGGCGAGGCGUCGCUCUCGCUCUGGCUCAAAUAGCGCCUCUGCUCAGCGCUGACACGGUAUUGAAACUAGUCCAAUUCUUCGUUUCCACUGGACUGGGUGACAGGAACCAAGCCGUGCGCACGGAAAUGCUGACGGCUGCCGUGGCGGUCGUCGAUCUCCAUGGUAAAGCGAACAUAACUUCGCUUUUACCAGUAUUCGAGGAGUUCAUGGACAAGGCACCCAAGAUCGGCAGCUUCGAUUCCAUCAAACAGUCAGUGGUGAUUCUCAUGGGUUCUUUGGCAAGGCAUUUGGACAAGGACGACUCGCGAAUCAAGCCGAUAGUGAUGAGAUUGAUCGCAGCGUUGUCUACCCCGUCGCAGCAGGUCCAGGAAGCCGUUGCCAACUGUCUACCGCAUUUAGUUCCUUCGAUCAAAGACGAUGCGCCGAAGAUUGUCGAUAAAUUGAUGGAUCAACUGUUGAAAUCUGAUAAAUACGGUGAACGCAAAGGAGCCGCUUACGGGUUGGCUGGUAUCAUCAAGGGAAUGGGGAUAUUAGCGUUAAAGCAGUUAGACAUAAUGACCACAUUGACCAACGCUAUUCAGGAUAAGAAGAACUACAGGCAUCGAGAGGGGGCCCUCUUCGCUUUCGAGAUGCUCUGCACGAUGCUCGGAAGACUGUUUGAACCUUACAUCGUUCACGUGUUGCCGCAUCUCUUGUUAUGUUUCGGGGACUCUAGUCAAUACGUUAGAGCCGCUACCGACGACACAGCUCGGGUCGUUAUGAGCAAAUUGUCAGCGCAUGGAGUGAAACUGGUUUUACCUAGUUUAUUAGCUGCCUUGGAAGAGGACUCUUGGAGAACUAAGACCGGAUCCGUGGAAUUGCUCGGAGCGAUGGCUUACUGUGCACCCAAACAGUUGAGCAGCUGUCUACCAAGUAUCGUUCCAAAACUCAUCGAGGUUCUCAGCGAUUCGCACACGAAAGUGCAGGAGGCCGGAGCAGAGGCUCUUAAAGUGAUCGGAAGCGUGAUUCGCAAUCCUGAGAUCCAAGCCAUUGUUCCAGUCUUGUUAAAAGCUCUUCAAGAUCCUUCGCACAAAACAGCCACGUGUCUCCAAACUUUAUUGGACACGCAGUUCGUACAUUUCAUUGACGCGCCGUCUUUAGCUCUCAUUAUGCCGGUCGUGCAACGAGCUUUUUUGGAUCGUUCAACGGAGACAAGAAAAAUGGCAGCGCAGAUCAUCGGUAACAUGUAUUCGUUGACCGAUCAGAAAGACUUAACGCCGUACUUGCCUACCAUCAUUCCCGGAUUGAAAACGAGUUUGCUGGACCCGGUACCGGAAGUCCGAAGUGUAUCUGCUAGGGCAUUGGGCGCGAUGGUCAGGGGAAUGGGCGAGUCCAGCUUCGAGGACCUGCUGCCCUGGUUAAUGCAAACGCUCACGUCCGAGACCAGUAGCGUAGACCGAUCCGGUGCCGCUCAGGGUCUGUCGGAAGUGGUCCGAGGCCUGGGUGUCGAGAAGCUUCAUAAAUUGAUGCCGGAAAUUAUCAGCACCGCCGAGAGGACCGACAUAGCGCCUCAUGUUAAAGACGGCUAUAUAAUGAUGUUCAUCUACAUGCCUAGCGCGUUCACAAACGAAUUCACCCCGUACAUUGGACAAAUAAUCAAUCCUAUCUUGAAAGCAUUGGCUGACGAGAAUGAGUACGUCAGAGAAACUGCGUUAAGAGCUGGUCAACGUAUCGUCAACCUUUACGCGGAUUCCGCCAUUAUGUUAUUGUUACCGGAAUUGGAGAAGAGUUUGUUCGACGAUAAUUGGCGUAUCAGAUAUUCGUCGGUUCAACUGCUCGGGGAUUUACUCUACAGGAUUUCCGGCGUUUCCGGUAAAAUGUCGACGGAAACCGCGAGCGAGGACGACAAUUUUGGCACGGAGCAAUCGCAUUAUGCCAUCAUAAAUGCUUUGGGCGGUGAAAGGCGAAACCGUGUUCUGGCUGGACUUUAUAUGGGGAGGUCGGACGUCGCGUUGAUGGUUCGACAAGCGGCGCUUCACGUAUGGAAAGUCGUUGUCACGAAUACGCCGAGGACGCUGAGAGAAAUUUUGCCAACUUUGUUCACGUUAUUACUAGGCUGUCUAGCUAGUACCAGCAAUGAUAAAAGACAAGUGGCAGCAAGAACUUUGGGAGAUCUUGUUAGAAAGUUGGGCGAAAGAGUUCUGCCAGAGAUCAUACCUAUUUUGGAGAAAGGUUUACAGAGCGAUCAAGCGGAUCAACGGCAGGGUGUCUGUAUAGGAUUGUCAGAGAUCAUGACCAGUACUAACAAGGAUAUGGUCAUGAAUUUUGUCAUCAGUCUGGUCCCAACAGUCAGAAAAGCCUUGUGCGAUCCGUUACCGGAGGUCCGUCAAGCCGCAGCGAAAACUUUCGAUGGCCUCCAUUCGACUGUCGGCGUGCGAGCCCUGGACGAUAUACUUCCAGCCAUGUUAAUGCAAUUGAAUUCUCCGGACCCGGCAGAAGCCGAGAACACUUUGGACGGUCUUCGCCAAGUAAUGGCGAUCAAAUCUCGCGUCGUCUUACCAUACCUGGUUCCGCAAUUGACAACUCCACCUGUUAAUACGAAAGCCUUGUCGAUAUUGGCGAGUGUUGCGGGCGAAGCGCUGACCAGGUAUCUACAUAAGAUUUUACCGGCGUUGUUGACGGCUUUGUCGAGUGCCCAGGGUACUUCGAACGAGGUGCAGGAACUGGAGUAUUGUCAAGCGGUGAUUCUGUCUGUAACGGACGAAGUUGGAAUUCGCACUGUGAUGGAUCAAUUGAUGGAAGCGACCAGAUCCGAGGAUCCAUCGAGACGUAGAAGCGCCGCAACGUUGUUGUGCGCUUUUUGCCGCGACACGCGAGCGGAUUACAGUCAAUACGUGCCACACUUGUUACGAGGGCUCAUACAUUUGUUCACGGACGACGACAAGGAUGUAUUGCAGAUGAGCUGGGAAGCUCUUACAGCCGUUACCAAGACGUUGGCGUCGGAUCAGCAGAUUGCUCAUGUCCAAGACAUAAGGCAAGCCGUACGAUUCGCGGUGUCCGAUUUAAAAGGACAAGAAUUGUUGCCAGGAUUCUGUUUACCUAAAGGUAUCACACCGAUACUACCAAUAUUCCGAGAAGCUAUAUUAAAUGGUUUACCGGAGGCGAAGGAACAAGCAGCUCAAGGACUCGGGGAGGUCAUUAAGUUGACCAGUGCCACUGCUCUUCAACCUAGCGUCGUUCAUAUUACCGGACCAUUGAUUCGAAUCCUGGGUGAUCGUUUCAAUUGGAGCGUGAAAGCAGCUGUCUUGGAGACCCUAGCUAUUUUGCUAGGCAAGGUCGGAGUAAUGUUAAAGCAAUUCCUACCGCAAUUACAAACGACCUUCCUGCGAGCGUUAAACGAUAGCAAUAGACAAGUGAGACUAAAGGCUGCUUACGCUCUUAGUAAUCUAAUCGUGAUUCAUACGCGUGUGGAUCCGUUGUUCACGGAACUUCAUACUGGUAUAAAAACUGGCGACGAUCCAGCCAUUAGGGAAACGAUGCUUCAAGCUUUGCGAGGAGUCUUGACGCCUGCCGGUGACAAAAUGACAGAGCCGAUGAAAAAACAAGUGUUUGCUACCUUGAGCAGUAUGCUCGGUCACCCGGAAGAUGUUACCAGAAAUUCCGUGGCUGGCUGUUUCGGAGCUCUGAUACGCUGGCUGAGUCCUGAUCAACUCAAUAUUGCGUUCAACGAUCAUAUACUAUCCACGGAUACGAACGCCGACUGGAUGCUCCGACACGGUCGUUCCGCAGCGUUAUUCGUAAUCCUGAAAGAAUCGCCAACAACUGUUUACAAUGAUAAAGAGAAGGACCGCGUGUGCAGCGUAAUACUCAUGCACUUGAGCGCGGAUCGCGUGCAAAUUGUUAUGAACGGAGUCAGGGCGUGUGGCUAUUUAUUCCAGUAUCUAAUGACCGAGGGUAAAUCCGUGCCCCCGCAAAUCCUGUCGCCUUUCGUUCGGUCAAUGAACAACAACAGUAACGACGUGAAGCAAUUAUUAGCGAAAGUUUGCAUUCAUUUGGCGCGUAACAUACCUCCUCCUAAGAUGUCACCGGAGUUAUUAAAAUCAUUGUUGCCGAUGCUGGUGAACGGUACCAAGGAGAAGAACGGUUACGUGAAAGCUAACAGUGAAUUGGCUCUUAUCGCUGUGCUCAGGUUGAGGCAGGGUGAAGAGGAAUACCAGCGUUGCAUGGCUUUCCUAGACGUUGGAGCGAGAGAAUCGUUGUCAGACGUAGUCAGCAAAGUUUUGAGAAAGGUCCUCUCCCAACCGGAAGGUAAAAUAGAGGAAUUGGACGAUACCUUACUCACGUGAGGGACGUAUAUCCCGGGUUUUGUUACCUUGGCUAAAUUUCACGAUCGUACCGUUAAAACGAACGAUUUUUAUAAUAAACAGACGACCAUGCGUCUAGGUUCUUGUACCAACUGCAUUAAAACAGCGUCGACAUCACUGUAUAAUGAUUAUCAAUUAAACAGAGUAAAACGUAACAAUAGUUGCUCCUACGUAUAUGUGUUAAUUAAAUUAAGAAUCGUCUCCUUCUUGAUGAUGAGUGGCUAGAAUACCACGAUAAAAAGAUUUGUUAACUAUCCAAGGGAUUAUUUAAACAACACUCCGAACAACAAAUUGUUUGAAUUUCCUUUAUAAAUCGAAACGUGAAGGCGACGGAUGAUUCUUUUUUAUUACGAUAUUUUCGACCAGGUCUUUUGUUAUCGCUCGCUCAAGACUGAAUCGUUCCAUCCUGUGGCCAUAAGAAAAAAAUAAAACAAAGAGAAACGACUGCCACUCCUCAAUAUUUAAGCAACUGUGACCGCAGACCUUUUCAGGGAACUAUGGAUUUAAUACAAAUUUUAUUGUGAAAUUCUUAAAUUUGUGUUAAAUCUGACACGUUCUCUAUUUAGCUACGAUUUAAUGUGUAUGAUCUCUUUCGACCGUUCUCCGUUUUCACUUAGGUUCCGUUCACACCUUAUACAAAAUAAAAUGCAAAAUGUUAAUCAAUUUUUAAA